UAGGAGAUGAAUUCGACGAAGGCGCGUUACUGAGGAACCAAUACGCGUCGUGAAUGGGCGGGACGUGCAUGCGACGCCGCUUGCUGCCGGGGAAACGGGGUACGGACGGUGAACUGAAUUGUGCCGGUGGACUAGAAACUCCCGCCAUUUCGACAAAGAAUUAACCUCUUGAUUGAUCCAGGGUAUUUUCCCGUCACACUUACUACGCUUUUAUAAGGUAACAAGAGGAUCCGACACUACGGAAACAUUUGCUCAGAGGGAAACAGGCUUAAGAUUUGGGCUCGUACAGCGCGCCAACCUCCCGCCGCUGAACUAAGCUUCGGCAGUUGCCGCGAGUUUGCUUUCGGUGUGGUUUUCAUCCUUUCAUGUGCAUCUGGUGGAGCUAAAAGUUCACCAACCACACCAAGGGACACGUUGAACUCCCUGCUCGUCUUCAUGGACUUUGUGUAAAACCAGAAUGACAAGUCUACGAGAUGAGAGAGUAAGGAUGCGAUGAGGCGGGUGGAGAGAAGCGCACUGUUAUUGUUUUGCAACGAGCUAGCAUCCAGCAGCCUACCAGCUACUCAGUUAGCUGCUCCACGUUGAGUGCCGGGCCUGCCGGCGGUGAGACGUGAGACGAAGAUAUCUGGGAACACUUCGUAUAAAUGCGAAGGACACAUCAUUGUAUAUUGUUUCAGUAGCUCGUGACUACCAGGUUUGAUUUCACCACUGAGAGCUGUGCCAUUUGUUCAUCCGACAUGGCACCGCUUUUAGGCCGGAAACCGUACCCACUCGUUAAGCCGCUACCCGAGCCACCAGGCCCGGGAGAGGAGGUCUACAUCAUCGAGCACACCAAGGAGGCCUUCAGGAACAAAGAAGAGCAUGAGGCUCGCUUGCAGAGGUAUGCUGAGCGCAUCUGGACCUGCAAGAGCACUGGAAGCAGCCAGCUCACCCACAUAGAAGCAUGGGAGGAGGAACAAGAAGUCACAGAACUGCUUCAAGAGGAGUACCCUAAAUGGUUCGAGAAACCGGUCCUGGAGAUGGUCCAUCACAACACAGUGUCUUUAGACAAACUGGUAGAAAUGGCCUGGGUGGAAAUCCUCACCAAGUAUGCUGUGGAUGAAGAGUGUGACUUCCUGGUGGGGAAGGACAAAAGUUUGCAAGUGAAGGUGGUAAAGAUCCACCCCCUGGACAACCCAGAGGGAGAGACAGGGGAGAAGAAGCUUGAAGGUGCCUGUGAUUCUCCAUCCAGCGACAAGGAGAAUGCUAGUCAGGAGAACCAACGGAAGGAACCUCCCCCCAGAGAGGAGGAAAACAGGAGGGAGAGUCUCAGCGACAGAGCACGACGUUCACCUAGGAAACUUCCUACAGCCAUGAAGGAAGAGAGGAAGAAAUGGGUGAUGCCGAAAUUCCUUCCUCAUAAGUAUGACGUGAAGCUCAUUAAUGAGGAAAAGGUGAUCAGUGAUGUCCCAGCAGACAGCCUAUUCAGAACAGAGCGCCCACCAACAAAGGAGAUCAUGCGCUACUUUAUUAGACAUUAUGCUCUGAGGCUGGGCAUGGGAGAGAGUGCUCCCUGGGUGGUUGAGGAUGAACUGGUGAAAAAAUUUACCCUUCCCAGCAAAUUCAGUGACUUUCUUCUUGAUCCACACAAGUUUUUGGCAGAGAAUCCCUCAGCGAAGCGUAAGAGCCUGACAUCUCCAGACGGCAAGCCAAGCAAGAAGCUGAAGAGCUCAGACACACCAGGGGAGGAGUCAGGGAAUGAGAAGGGAGAGAAGAAAAGGAAAAAGAAGGAUGCCUUAGGCAUGCCUCUUAGUCCAACCAUCUGGGGCCACAUGCAGGUAAAGAAAGGGGAUGGCUCUUCUCCCUCAACUCCAAAACCAGGAAAGAAGUCUGGGGAAAAGAAAGAAGGGAAGAAAACUGGAAAAAAUGGUGAAAAGAAGCUUAACAUCCUCAAAGCCUCUAAAAAAGACAGCAAAGCUGGUGCUAAAUCACCCAAGAUGAAGCAGAUGACGCUGCUUCAUCUGGCUAAGAGCACCCCCACUGGGAGCCCUAAGAAGAGAGCCAGAAGUACUAGUCUGGGAACCCCUAAACUGGGAAAGCCACUACACCCUAUGGCUCUGCACCUCCUUCGUUAUUAUAAGGAGCACAAGGGCAAAGAGGACAAGAAGACCUCCCUUUCCUCCCUGAUCUCUAAGGCUGCAAAGACCUUGUCCCCUGAUGAUCGGAGCCGAUUGCCCGAGGAGCUGCAGGAGCUGGUGCAGAAACGCUGGGAGAUGCUGGAGCAAAAGAAACGCUGGGCAGCCAUGAGCGAAGAGGAAAAGCAGGAAGAGAUGAAGAAAAAACGCGAAGAACUCAAGGAGAAACUGCGAGAAAAGGCCAAGGAGAGGCGCGAGAAGGAGAUGCUGGUCCGUCUUGAACAAUCGCGCAGAUACGAGGACCAGGAGAUCGAAGGUGGCAAGAACCUUCCAGCAUUCAAGCUCGUAGACAUGCCUGAGGGGCUGCCUAACACCUUGUUCGGUGAUGUAGCUAUGGUGGUGGACUUUCUACACUGCUAUGCAGGGCUGUUGAUGCCAGAGGACCAGUAUCCCAUCACAUCAGUGGCUCUGAUGGAAGCACUGGCAGGAGAGCGGUCCGGCUUUCUCUACCUAAACCGGGUGCUGGUGGUGCUGCUUCAGACGCUGCUGCAGGACGAGCUCGCAGAAGGCUACAGCGAGCUUGAUAUACCUUUAUCGGAGAUCCCCCUCACUAUGCACUCUGUGUCAGAGCUGGCGCGGUUAUGCUUGCGACCAUGCGACGCUCACGGUGAGGACAGCGGUCAAGGCUCUGAAGACACCGGACCCUUGGCGGACUUUGAUGAAGUGGUGACCAGUGAGUUCUUGGAUAAACUUGAGACAAUCGAGGUGUUUGAGCUGAGCCCCGAAGAGAAGGUCAGCCUACUGGUAGCUCUGUGCCAUCGCAUACUCAUGACCUAUUCAGUGGAGGACCAUGUUGACGCCAAGCAGCAGCGCUCAGCUGAGCUGUGGAAAGAGCGCCUGGCAAUGAUGAAAGAGGUCAACGACCGAAAGAAGGAGGAGAGGAAGAAGCGGAAGGAGGAGGGUAAAGGUGAGAAAAAGAAAGAAGGGCCUACAAAGAAGGAGAGCAAAAAAGACAUCAAAGUGGAACCAGAGCCAGAGCCCGAAGACAUGAUCAGCUCAGUGAAGAACAGGAGGCUGAUGUCCAUUCAGGCGAAGAAGGAGAAGGAGGAGAUGGACAGACAGAAUAAAGAGCGCAUGGAGAAGGAGGCCGAAGAGGAGCGGAUGCGUAAACAGAGAGCUGCAACAGAAAGAGCCUUCCAGGAUGGCAUCGCCAAAGCCAGACUCGUCAUGCGCAGGACCCCUCUGGGUACAGACAGGAACCAUAAUCGAUACUGGGUGUUCUCUGACGUGGUCCCUGGUCUGUAUAUCGAGAAAGGCUGGGUGCAUGAAGGCAUCGACUACAACUUCACUCCUCCCCCUGAGGACAAACCAGCUGAGCCUGAAGUGGAGGAAGAAGAGGAAGUUGUGUCUUCUACUCCUACUCAGGAUUCACAAGGAGCUGAAAAGGACGACUGCAGCAUAGACGGUGCUGUUAGUGAGGGGGCCCAGCAGGGAGCAGCAGCUGACAUCUGUAUAGAAACUACUGUCCCCAAACAGGGACAGAACCUCUGGUUCAUAUGUGACAACCCCGCUGAGCUGGAGGAGCUGGUGGAAAGUCUUCAUUCUCACGGGGUUCGAGAGAGUGAACUGAAGUCAAAGAUACAAAGCAGAUUCCAGGACAUCCUGCACUCUGUCCAUCUGACCCGUAAGGGUAAAUUGGGCCUCAGGACCUGCGACGGCUACGAAGAGCUGCUGAGGUACCUGCGCAGUGACAUCCAGGAGGUAGCUUCAAGACUCCACAAGGGAGGCCUGGGGUACCUGGAUGAUAACGUAGACAUUGAAGAGCAGCUGAAAGACAUGGAGAGCUUGAAGGAGUUUGGCGAGUGCAUCAUCACCAUUCAGGCCUGUGUGAUCAAAAAGUUCCUGCAGGGAUUCAUGGCCCCGAAACAGAAAAAGAAGAGAAAGCAAGGAGGGGAAGAAAGCAGCAAGGCUGAAGAGGUGGAUGAGGAGAAGAGGCUGGCAGAGGAGGCCAGGGUGGCGACAGCAGUGGAGAAGUGGAAGACUGCUAUCCGCGAGGCCCAGACCUUUUCCCGCAUGCACGUCCUGCUGGGGAUGUUGGACGCGUGCAUAAAGUGGGACAUGUCUGCAGAGAAUGCUCGCUGCAAAGUCUGUCGCAGGAAAGAGCUCAGACAGCGCCCGUGCGUGUUGAAGCUGAUGGAGACUAGGACCAGAUCCAGACAGUGCUACAGGGACAGGCUCAGAGCAGGACAGACUAGUUAUGUCAGGCAGGUCUACAUGCAGAGCUGGCAGCUCAGCAAGCCAUCAGGUGACGAUGAGAAACUUAUCCUCUGUGAUGAGUGCAACAAGGCCUUCCACCUGUUCUGUCUGCGACCGGCUCUGUACCGCAUCCCUGCUGGAGAGUGGCGAUGCCCAGCCUGCACGCCCACUGUGGCAAGACGAGGCUCCCGCUCAAGGAACUACAACCAAGACACGGAUGAAGAAGAGGAUGAGGAGGAGUCUGAAGAGGAGGACUCAGAGGAAGAGGAAGAUGAUGAGGAGGAUAAUGACUACAAGGCCAUGGGGCACAGCUUGAGGCCAAGGAAGAAAAAUAAGCAGUCUUCAUCUCGGCAAAAAAGUUCAAAAAGCAAACCCAAGAAGCCGUCGUCUUCAAGUAGUCAGAGCAGCAAACAGAAGACCGGCCCCAACAGCCCCGCAGACAUCGAUGAACUGGUGCGACUGAGCUCUCAAACAGGAGUGCGCAGGCAGGUGCUGGAGCUGGAGCGGUGUGAAGAAAUCCUCAAGAAACUGAUGAAAUUCCGCUACAGCUGGCCUUUCAGGGAGCCUGUGUCUACAGACGAGGCUGAGGACUACCUGGACAUUAUCUCCCAGCCGAUGGAUUUCCAGACGAUGCUGGGAAAGUGCAGCCAGGGCUCGUAUCGUCACGCUCAGGAUUUCCUCGAAGACGUGAAACUGGUCUUCUCCAACGCAGAGGAGUACAACCAGCAGGGCAGCACCGUGCUCUCCUGCAUGGUCAAGACCGAGCAGUCGUUCACAGAGCUGCUCCAGAAGCUGCUGCCCGGUCUCAGCUACCUCCGCCGGCGUUCGCGCAAACGCAUCAGCCAACAACCUGCAACAUCCGAGGAAGAGGGGGAUGAAGAAGAAGAGGAAGAAGAGGAGCAGCAGGAGGAGGAGGAAGAGGAGGAGGAGGAGGAAGAGGAGGGGGAUGAAGAAGAGGAAGAAUCGAAGAAAAAGAUGCAGAAUGGCAAAUCAAACAGGAAGAAAGUGAGGAACGGUCGAGGUCGUAGGGAAGAGGAGAGCGAGAGUGAGGAUGAUGAUGAUGAUGAUGAUGAUGGCCGAAGGAGAAGUAAGCGCGCCUCCGCCACCUCAGGAAAGAAGGAUUACAGGGAGCAGAAUAGCGAUGGCGAGCGGGACACACGCAGAACUCGUCAUCGGGGGGGCCGGGGCGAAGCGAGCAGCGACGAGGAGCGGUCCAGCCAGCAGCGACAUUCCAAGAGACAGAAACGCUCGUGAAGUCCAGGGUGAUUUUAUGUUCGGUUCUGUCCUCUCUCUUUGCUUUAAAAACGUCUGUCCCGCUCUUCUACACGAUGAUCAAGAGGCCUCCUCCUCAUCCUUCUACAACCAGCGGGGCUUAAUCCUCAGAAGGACUUUUCUGUGUUUUUGAACUUUUCUGUUCAUAUUUUGAAAAAUGACAAAAGAAAACUGAUUUAUAUUUGUAACGUUUAAUAUCGGUGUUAUUUUUUUUCUUCUUUUAUUUUUUCAACCAAGAAAACUGAGAUAAAGAGAGGUCCUCGUAGCUCUUAAGACUCUUUGAUUUGAAUUUCAGCUCCAGGCUGACAACACACAUACACAUACCCACACUCAAGUGUAGUUUGACUUCAAAUGUUGUCCUGUGAACUGCUUUGUACUCUCCAAACACCAGUGUAACCUGAGGCCUGUUGACACACAGCCGUCACUUCAGUGGGUUGUUUCAGGAAAUCCAGCUGGUCCCAACCAAACCUCUCUUACAAGUCGCGGUGUUUUAGCUCAUUUUAAGUACUCGUGGUGUCCAUGUAGCCGAAACUCUCUGGGAAGUCUGUCUUGGCAUAAAAGCAGCAUUGUAGGCUGAAAUGUUCUAUCACCUGUAAAUCUUUUAUUUCUGUGCAUUUUGACACCAAAUUUAUCUCAAAUGCAACUUUAUAGACGAACAUGAUAGGCUUUUACUAGUUGUAGUUAUUUCUUGUUUUUCCAGGUUCAGAUGUAUUGUGAAAAUCUGGGUCUCACGUAUAAUCUUCUCACUAACACACAAGUUUCCUCUCAGCUCUUGGUGCCAAGAUGUUUUCAAAAACUGAGACCUAACUUUGGAGUCUCUGUCUUGGUGUGUGGAGCUGACCAGCCUCUCCUCUGUAGUGCCCUGCCACUUUAAAAGAACCGGUACCUCAAUGCUCCGUCAGUUUGCACUCCUCUUGUGUAAAGUGCACCUAUUAUGCCAGCAGCUACAGGACCAUACUUUAUUACAAUUAUGUGCAUAAACAUUUGUAAACAGUGUUUAAAACAACCAAUGUGAUGUUUGUUAAGAAAAUGGGCAUUUUUGAAUAUUUGAUAUUUUUUGCACAUUUUAUUUGGUAUUGUAAAUGACAACUUGUUAGUCAAUCUUAAUCACAUCCAAUAAAUUGAAAAGGUUCAACCAGGGCUCUCUCUUCUAAUCAAUGUCGUAAACAUGCCACUUUUUUUAAACAUCUGUCACAGCAGAAAUAACAAUUGCAUUUUAAAUCAAGCACCCUACAGCCUCUGUCACUCCCUGAACGUCCUGGUCCAAACACCAGGUGGUGCUCUCCCUCUGCACUCUGGAUACUUUCAUCUCAGCAGUUUCAAAGUAAUCUUGUGUCAGCGCUGUUAGCUGGACCUGACUCGCACUGCCCUGUGUGCUCACUGGUCAUCAGGGGACAGUAGGGCUCGAUAGUGCAGGUUUUUUGAGGUCUUUUUAUUUGUUAAAACUUCUGACUUCUGGAAAAACAUCUGCAACAAAUAUUUUUAAACUUUGGAGUCAUAUCUUUGAAUAAAAAAACAAAAACAUUUCCUUUGCAAAAGUUCCUGUAGUUUGUGGCAAGGCUGCCAGCAAUGUAAAUGUCUCUUUAUAUCCUGAUAAAGCCGUUUCCCUCCUCUGUA